ACCUGUAAACAAAAACAUGGCAGAAGUUUUAAAAUAAUAAAUAAAAUUUACUUUUUAGAUUAAAAUGCCAGCGUCCUGUUGUGUUACUGAUUGUGACCUUAAAUACGCACACGCCGAAGACGUCUCUUAUCAUAAAUUUCCUCUGAAGAAACCGGAAGUGUUAGACAAAUGGAUCACUUUUACUGGCCGGGAAUCUGACUGGGUACCUACCAAAUGGAGCGCUAUAUGCAGUCGUCAUUUCAAGCCAUCUGAUUUUAAGGAUUGCGUUUAUAGAAAAAAUCUUUUUCACACAGCUGUUCCAUCACUGCGGGUAAAAUCCCAAGCUACGAUCACCUCCUACAUAAAUCAACCAAAACCUGAUGAAUUUGAGGAACCUGUGAAAAAUUCCAUUGAGCAGACAGUAGUCCAGCAUGAGAUACCUCAACCAGAUCCGCUAGAUCAGGCAGACACCGAUCUUGAAGAUCUCUAUUCAGGAGAUGACCCAAAUCUGCUUGAUAUAACAUGCCGAUUGUGUGGGAUUGUAUUCAGUAAAUGGUGUCAAGGCUUAUUGGUGGACUACCGAGAGCAUUUCGCAGUGAUUGUGAAAUGCCUUCCGUUCAUAAAUUUAGAGAUCAGCUAUUUCCCCUCGAAAAUAUGUGGCCACUGUUUGAGAAUGAUUAAUGGGUUUUCAUUAUUUUAUGAUAAUGUUGUUAAGGCUCAAGGGGAUUUGGAACUCAAAUACAAUGGUCGAAACAAUUUUGAGCAAGUACCUUUCCAAGCCCCGGAGGAACCUGCACGACUGAAGAUAAAACAAGAGCCAUUGUUGAACAUCAAGGAAGAAGCCGUGGACUCAAUCUCGAGAGCUAAAGAAACGCAUGUCGAUCCACCUGAAAACACGUUAAUAAUCAAAAAUCCCAAUGUUACGAAUGACAAGAAUAAAAUUCUGCUAUUCAAUAACCAAAACCAUGAUGGCCAACACUCGAAGCAAUUUCGUGAAUCAAAAAAUUGUGAAAUAUUAGAAAUAGUAAAUUUAUAUCCACCUAUCGUCGACAUCACAAGUGCUACGAUCAAGGAAGUUCAACCGUACGAGAUAACAUUGCCCUCAGUAUCAAACAAUGGGUUCCAACAACAAGUCACUCCGCAACUCAUCAAUCUUAAAACAGAAGACACAGCGGAGUCAUACGAAGAUUAUGAGGACUAUUCAUGCUACUAUCAGGACUUCCAAUGUGGAUUGUACACCUUGGAUGAACACAGCUACUCCAAACUUCCAAUACAAGCCGAUGACAACAAGGACGAAAUCUUCUCGACACUGUCAGAACCAGUGCAGCCCAUAAGACUGGGCGAUUCUGCCACAAUCAAGGUGAUACACGUAGAACUUCCAAAUGAGCAACCAAAACCAGUCUUCGCUCCAGUACUGGAACACUCGUGUCAAAUAUGCCAUCGGAAAUUUGUUUCCCAGUUAAAGCUCAUCAAGCAUCGCAUAUUUUCCUGUAACCUACGACAAACUGUUCAAUUCAAUUGUAUAUUCUGUUUGCGAAAGUUUCCAAACCGGAUAAGGCAGCAGGUCCAUCUAAAGUUCUGUUUGGAACGCAUUGAUCGACGAAAUAAAUUAUCAAUUAAGGCAAACCAAGCAAUAAAAUACCGAAAGUCGAUAGCAAGAUCGUCCUCUUCCUCUACUGAAGUGCAAUCUAAAAGCCAAAAACAGCGUCACAAAUGCUCGCUAUGCGAACGGACCUAUUCAAGAUCGUCCAAUCUGAAACGGCACAUGGCCAGCCAUCGACCGGUUGACCAGUGGAAUCACAAAUGUGGCAUCUGUCAGAAAAUUUUCGAUAAGCUGUUCGACUUGAAGAAACAUUUUCAGUUGGCGAAGUGUAGGGUAGAGAAUUCGGCUUCUAGCGAAACGAAAACCGACGACACCGCGCUGGAGCUGGUGAACGUAUCAGAUCGGUUGCUGUACGUAUGCUCCACGUGCAAUAAGCAGUUCAAGUCGUACAACAGUCUCAAGGUUCAUGAGAGCAUUCACACAGGUCUAAAAGUUUUUGUAUGCGAGACAUGUGGUAAACGGUUUGGAGGACAGAUGAAUCUUAUCCAGCAUCGGUUGACUCACGUGGAUACGAGGCAAUACACCUGCAAACUUUGUCCGAAGGUUUUCAAACGAAGCGGAGGUCUAAGUCAGCACGUUAAAUCAUUUCACAUGAAAAUUAAGCCCUACCAGUGUCCGGUUUGUCGGAGGGAUUUUGCACUGAAGGCAGAUAUGACAAGAUGUCGCCAUUCUAAACUAAAAGACAGUGGAGGAAUUUUGAUUUAGGCUCAAAUUGACCAUAGAAUAUAAGUUGUUAUUCGUUUUUA